AUGUCCAUGAGCGUCGUCACGGAGCGGCCCACGCGCCGCACGAGGCCGCGCUCGUCCUGGCUGUCGCGGUGCCGCGAGUCGCUCCGCGCGAGCGUGCGCCCGCGCGCGAGGAGCGCGGCGGACGGCGGGCGGUCCUUCGUGUGCCGCGCGAGAGCGAGAUACGGAUGCGGGGGCGCGAGCGGGUCCUCGGACGGCGGGACGGGCGCGAGGGCGGACCGCCGGCACGAGUGGCGGAUGGGCCUGGGCUCCGCGAGCAGCACGGACGGGGACGGGGAUGAUGAUGGUGCGAGCGGCAGCAGCGCCUGCGCCUGCGCGGGAGACUUGAGCGACAGGAUGGAGGACGCGGGGCUGGUGAGCGCGGUCGACGCGGUCGAGCGCGAGCUGCGGCUGCCAAACGAGAACCAGGAGUUGGUGCGCGUCACGGUGGUGGCGGAGGACGGCUCCGCGGACGGCGCCGCGGACGCGGACGUCGACGUCGAGCCGAGCGAGCACGCGACGCACUCUCUUCGCCGGCACGUCCUCCGGGAGCUUCCCCGUGGCCGUUAUGCGCUCCUCCGCGGUCCACUCGACGACGUCGAACAUGCUAUCGUAUAUCGCGCGCUGCGCCGGGCUCAGCUUUGCCCGCGCCGCCUGGUCCGGGCGGCCGUUCACGGGGAACAGCGGGCCGUCCAUCGCGGCGACGACCUCGUCGAACGCGACGGCGCGGCUGAGGCUCUGCGAGUGCUGCACCGCGAGCUCGUGCUGGAAGCGCUGCAGCGUCAGCGCGUCCCUGUCCGGCGUGCCCGGCGGCGACAGGCUGUGCGCCGACGACGCCGGCGAGUGGCGCGGGCUGAGGGGGAGCGCGGUGUACAGGAUGUCGUCGUCCUCGUCCUCGCGCGGCGGCCGCCUCGCCAUGCGCUCGCUCGAGAGCGUGCUGUAGUCGAGCAGCGGGCGCUGGUUCAGCGAGCUGAAGCGCACCUGGCGCGUGUGGCGCAGCAGCUCCUGCUCGCGUGCGCGCGCCUCGCGCUCCCUGGCCUCGCGCUCGGCGCGGCGGCGCUGGCGCGCCUCGUCCUCCUUGCGGCGCGCGGCGUCCUCGCGCUUCUGCGCGGCCCUGGCCUUGGCGUCGCGCGACGCGCGGGCGUGGCGCUCCCACACGCGCGCGCAGGCGCGGAGGCGCUCGUCGCGCUCGAUGCGGGCUAUGCGGGCGCGCUCGCGGGCGGCGCCCUCCCUGCAGCGGCGGGCGUCGUCCUCCUCGAGGCGGAGCCCGCCGGGGGGCACGAAGGCGCUGGUGAAGUCCUCGUCCCUGACGGCGGCGAUGCGGGGGUCGUCGUCGCCGGUGACGUCGAUGCCCUGGAGCUUGAGGAGGAGGACCUUGGCGAGGUGCAUGUCGUCGAGGGCGUAGGCGACCUGCAUGCGGUCCUUGAGGGUGCGGGGCGGGGACGGGGGGCGCUCGUAGUAGUCCAUGGCGAAGUGUGGCACGGGGUACGCGCGGGCGUCGGGGGGCGUGAGCGGCCCGAGGGGCGUGGGGUCGGGCGAGAGGGAGGCGAGGGAGCUGGAAUAAGUAGGGCAGAGCGGGAGGUCAGCGGGGGAGGAGGGGGGGGGAGGAGAAUGUGGCGCGGACAGAGGCAGGGAAGACAAGCGGGAGGUCGAGGCGACGGGGUGGGCCAUUGUGUCCGCGGUGGCGGCGUGGCGAGUGCGCGAGUGGCGACUGGAGGGUGGCGACGCGUGCUGCCGCGGGUGCUUGUGUGGGUUCGAUUGUUGGACGAGAGAGACGGAUAUUCGGGCGUGUAUGGGCUGCUCGCUGGCGAAGGCGAGGGGCGAGACGUCGGGGGAGCGGCCGCGGCGGGGCAUAGGGAAGCGCAGGGGCGGCACACCCUCCGCGCCCUCUCUGCGACGCUGCCCGCUUAUGCCGGCCAUGGCGCACCCCCACGCCCCCUCAUGCCAUGUGGCGCACAGACUCCGAUAUCAACUCCUCCCGCGAUCGCCCCCUCCCGCCUUGGGCUCGGGACGCUGCUGCGCACCCGACCCUGCGCUUCCCCCGGCCCAUCGCCACACACCGGCGCACGCAUUAGUCACGCCCUUACGCGAGCUGAUCCGGGCCAGGCGCCGGCGAUAGCGGCAGCGGCAGUGGGCGCGCAAGUGGCGGUGGAUAGAUCUCUCGGGGCACACGCAGCGCGAGAAUCACGAAUCACGCCGCGCAAAACAGACCCUCCCCAAGUACUCCUCCAGCGGCCCACCGAACUGUGCGGCCACGCGCGCGCUCCCGGUCGGCCAUCGUGUGCCUGGGAUCUCGCAGCGUGUGCGCCGCCCGUGUAUCCACUGAGAUUCAGCUUUACAUUUAGUGGCGGCUCGCCCCAGGCCGCACGCCCAGCACACCGCACCGCACGCCCAUGCUUUCGCUGGGUGCAUGCUGCUGCUGCUGCUGCCGCUGCGCUGAUCACAUCCACGUCGCCCGGUCGCCGGGUGCGCGGCAGCAUUGGAUAUCGCCCGGGUGCAGCGACCUCGGCGGGCACGCUGCGUGCAUGCGUCCGCCGCGAGGCGGGCCCGCACGGUCCCUGGGACUGGCUUGCCGCAUGGGGCGCGCUGGGGGCCGAUGACGACGGCGAGGCAUCACGUUUCUGCGGUCCGCGCGGGCUGCGAGCGAGGGUAUACAGCAUACGCAUACAGGCUACAGCAUAUAGUGUCCGGAUAUCGCUGCGUCUCCUUGGCGAUGCCGCCGAUCCCGCAAACAACACAGACGGAUACAGAUCUGAAGCUGGCUGCGGGCGGGUAUCCAACGUCCUCUCCUCAUCUUCCGUCGCGGGCGCACCGUAUCCGACGGCUACGCUCGCACUACAUAGGAAAGGUGCGGUCCCGUCUGCGCCGCGCUGGACUGUGUCGCAACGCAAUUGCAUUGAUGCAUUGUGCGCCAACGCAACUGCACCCGAGGGCCUCGCGCGCGCUGGAUAUCGAUCCGGUGGCCAUCCAGGUGCUGCGCGCACGACUGACAAGGGGCACGCGGCAGGCUUUCCAGAACGCGAAUGCAUGACGCAUGGCCCAUCGGCACCCGCGCGGGUGGGCAAGUCACUGGGUGUCGAGCACGCCCGUCCCUCUUCCGACAAUACUUAUGUACCGGUGGUCGCUGAUGACGAUGCCGAUGACGGAUGA